AUGACGGCGGUGCACUCUAAUCGAAGAAAUGACGUUCGACAGUAUCAACGGGGCGUGUACAUGACAUCUGCUCGGGAGUCUUCACGGACGUCACAGGCCCUGGUUGCGAAUGAAAGUCCCGAAGUGAACCGAACGGUUGGGGUUCGGGAGUCGGAUGUCCAUAAACCGAGAAGGUUGGAAAGUGUUCGGGAGGCUGCAAGUACUGAACGAUCACGCACACAUGGAGUUCAGGAGUUGGAAGAAGUUUGCUUGGUGAACUCUGGUGAUCUUUACAAAGCUUCACAGGAGUGGGCCUGUUGUGGGGCUGAACGGAGAGGAACUUCAGGAGAUCUGCGGCUGGUUGAUUCAGAUACCCAGCAGUCAGAUCAUCAUAGAUGCCAGGAUUCGGAUGAUGAAACCUGCCGAAUGUCUGCAGCAAGUGCAAGUCGGCUGGGAGAAAGAAACAUUCCUUUCCAUUUGGUAGUUCAGAGAGUGGAGGGACCGAACUCGCUGCUCCCAACUU